AUGAAGCCAAACUACCUUACUCCCGAAUACAAGUACCUUCUUAAUGAAAUAGACGUAUUUUACUUGCGCGACUCUACGUUAAACGUUACAGAGAAGACAGUGAACGAUGAACCAAGAAAAAUGGCCUCGAUCUACUUUUGUGGAACAUUGUUGCUUGACUUCCAAAUACCCACUAUGCCUGAAGCUCGGGAGAUGGCUAAACGGUGCGGAUGGACGAAGAUCGUCGAUGAUUUUAGCUAUUUUAGAUGCAUCCUAGCUGAAUGUCUAGUUGACGUGCAACGCAAGGACGUCGCCAAAAUAGCGUUGAUCGCUUGGAAAAAAGCUAGUGAUGAGACUCGAAAAAAUUUCAAUUUUGGAAUAGAAACCUUUACUAGGCACGACAAUUACACGACUCGUUCGACAACUCAGACUUUUGAGAAUCCAAUAUCUGUGACUUCCACUAUUCUCAACAUUGACAAGUCAAAACAAACAGCACAACUCACACAAAAUAUCCAAAUUACACCAUCUGGCAUAAACAUUUACCUUACACCCGAAUACAAGUAUCUUCUUAAUGAAAUGGACGUAUCGUACUUGCGCGAUUUUACGUUAAACGUUACGGAGCGAAAAGUGGGAGAUAAAUCAAGAAAAAUGGCCUCGAUUUACUAUUGUGCCCGAAAACUGUUUCUCGAAUUUCCAAUACCCACUAUGUCUGAAGCUCGCGAAAUGGCUAAACAGUGCGGAUGGACGAAAAUUGUCGAUGACUUUACCUUUUUUAGAUGCAUUCUAGCUGAAUGUUUAGUUGGCGUGCAACGCAAGGACGUCGCCAAAAUGGCGUUGAUCGCCUGGAAAAGAGCUAGUAAUGAGGCUCGGAAAAGUUUUGAUAUUUCACGAUAG